AUGGGUCCUGAACCAGAAGAAAAGCAUACUGUGAAGGGUGUCCACUGUCGGCAGCUUCAUCAGAUAAUUAAGGCCCCUGCUUGUUGUGCAAAUAAUAGUCCAGAACCGGUGAUUCAGAACCCUGGAGAGCUCUCAGCAGCCCCCAUCCCAGGCCAAACCACCAGAUUGGGAUUUGAUAUCUCCAGGAGAUUCCAGGGCUCAGGCAGGAUUGAGAACCUGUGGAGUGACCCACGGCUAAUCCUGAGAUUCUCCAAAACAGUGAUAGCAGCCAAACCAAACAGCCCUAAUGUGAAGACAGAGCUCGAGACCAAAUUAGUUUCUCGAGUGUGGAUUAUGGUGUUGAGCUGUGGUGCAUUGUGGGUAUGCCAUCACAUCGAUGGCUGGGAAUCCCUUUCAGAAUACAUCUCACAUUUAGUUGUCAUCUUAGCUGUGACCAUUUCUCAGACUUCCCUGGUUUUUAAUGACUUGGAUAGUUCUGAUCGUACUGGUCAAGCCUGUGUUACGGAGGAUGCUCUGGGAGAUCAUGAGAGGUUUUUCCUGGCUCUUCAUAGUGAGAACCUGGUGGAGUUCCUGGUAGUAAAACCUGUACAGAUGUUGGGUGAGUGGUACGAGGCAGCCAGAGCCCUGGGCCUCCCAGAGCUCAGGCUCUGGCGAGGUCGCCUGGUAGGUGCUCUGGAUGCAGUGCUGGAUUCCAAUGCACGGGUCGCUCCAUUUCGAAUUCUGCUUCAAGUGCCUGGGUCCCAGGUUUAUUCUCCCAUAGCAUGUGGUGAGUUACUGAGUGGAUCAGACGUUUACUGGGCCAUAGCCACUGGUGCAACAUUAGAGGAAAUAAACCAGCACUGGGACUGGCUGGAGCAAAAUCUCCUCCAUACUCUGUCCGUCUUUGAUAAUAAAGACGACGUUGCCAGCUUUGUCAAAGGGAAGGUGAAGGCUUUGAUUGCUGAGGAGACCAGCAGCAGGCUUGCUGAGCAGGAAGAAGAGCCGGAGAAGUUCCGAGAGGCGUUGGUAAAGUUUGAGGCCAGGUUCAACUUCCCGGAGGCGGAGAAGCUGGUCACCUAUUACUCCUGCUGCUGCUGGAAGGGCAAGGUCCCCCGCCAAGGCUGGCUGUACCUCAGCAUCAACCAUCUCUGCUUCUACUCCUUCUUCCUGGGCAAGGAACUUAAACUUAUAGUCCCUUGGGUUGAUAUCCAGAAGUUAGAAAGAACAUCCAAUGUCUUUCUAACGGACACCAUCCGAAUCACCACGCAAAAUAAGGAGCGUGAUUUCUCCAUGUUCCUGAACCUUGAUGAGGUGUUCAAGAUCAUGGAACAGCUGGCCGACGUGACACUCCGAAGGCUGCUGGACAAUGAGGUCUUUGACCUGGACCCAGACCUGCAAGAGCCCAGCCAGAUCACCAAGCGGGACCUUGAAGCCAGAGCACAGAAUGAGUUCUUCCGGGCUUUCUUCAGGCUGCCGAGGCAAGAGAAGCUGCACGCGGUCGUGGAAUGUUCGCUGUGGACGCCGUUCAGUCGCUGUCACACGGCUGGGCGGAUGUUCACAUCUGACCGUUACAUCUGCUUCGCCAGCAAGGAGGACGGCUGCUGCAAUGUCAUCCUCCCGCUCCGAGAGGUGGUGAGCAUUGAGAAGAUGGAGGACACAAGUCUGCUACCUAAUCCCAUCAUCGUCAGCAUCAGGAGCAAGAUGGCCUUCCAGUUCAUUGAGCUGAAGGACAGAGAUAACUUGGUGGAGAGCCUGCUCGUGAGGCUGAAGCGGGUGCACGCCAACCACCCCGUGCGUUAUGACACCUCCCGAGAUGAAGACAUGACUUCACCUGUGUUUCAUUCAGCAAGCAUGUGCGGUGACCACAAGUUUGGGGAUCUUGAAAUGGUGUCCUCUCAAAAUAUCGAGGAAAGUGAAAAAGACAAGAGCCCGUGCCUGCACCCUGAGGCCCUGAUAUCUGUCUUCCAGCAGUCAGGCAGCCAGAGCCCUGACUCGCGAGUGUCCAGGGAGCAGAUAAAAAUAAGCCUAUGGAAUGACCACUUUGUGGAAUACGGCAGAACUGUGUGUAUGUUCCGCACAGAGAAGAUCCGGAAGCUUGUAGCCAUGGGGAUCCCUGAAUCUUUACGUGGCAAACUCUGGCUGCUCUUCUCAGAUGCAGUAACUGAUCUUGCCUCGCAUCCCGGUUACUAUGGUAACCUGGUGGAGGAGUCCAUGGGAAAAUGUUGCCUGGUGACGGAGGAGAUAGAACGGGACCUGCACCGUUCCUUACCAGAGCACCCCGCCUUCCAGAAUGAAACGGGAAUUGCUGCUUUGAGGAGAGUCCUCACGGCCUAUGCCCACCGGAACCCUAAAAUUGGGUACUGCCAGUCCAUGAACAUCCUGACCUCCGUCCUGCUGCUGUACGCCAAGGAGGAGGAGGCCUUCUGGCUGCUGGUGGCCGUGUGUGAGCGGAUGCUCCCCGACUAUUUCAACCACCGAGUCAUCGGGGCCCAGGUGGACCAGUCUGUCUUUGAGGAGCUCAUCAAGGAGCACCUCCCCGAGCUGGCGGAGCACAUGAACGACCUCUCAGCCCUGGCGUCCAUCUCUCUCUCGUGGUUCCUGACUCUGUUCCUCAGCAUUAUGCCUCUGGAGAGUGCCGUGAGCGUUGUGGAUUGCUUCUUCUACGAUGGGAUCAAAGCCAUUUUCCAGCUGGGGCUGGCUGUGCUGGAAGCCAACGCCGAGGGCCUGUGCAGCAGCAAGGACGAUGGCCAGGCGCUCAUGGUCCUGAGCAGGUUUCUAGAUCACAUUAAGAAUGAGGACAGUCCUGGACCCUCAGUUGGCAGCCACCAUGCCUUUUUCUCCGAUGACCAGGAGCCCUACCCUGUGACUGACAUUGCCGACCUGAUCCGGGACUCCUAUGAGAAAUUUGGAGACCAGUCUGUAGAGCAGAUUGAGCACCUGCGCUGUAAGCACAGGAUCAGGGUUCUCCAAGGCCACGAAGAUACCACAAAGCAGAAUGUGCUCCGCGUUGUUACUCCAGAAGUCUCCAUUCUUCCUGAAGACCUGGAAGAACUCUAUGACUUAUUCAAGAGAGAACACAUGAUGAGCUGUUACUGGGAGCAGCCCAGGCCCGUGGCGCUGCGCCACGACCCCAGCAGGCCCUAUGCAGAGCAGUACCGCAUAGAUGCCCGGCAGUUCACACACCUGUUUCAGCUGGUCUCGCCCUGGACCUGCGGGGCCCACACGGAGAUCCUCGCCGAAAGGACUUUCAGGCUCCUGGAUGAGAACAUGGAUCAUCUGAUCGAGUUCAAAGCAUUUGUGAGCUGUCUCGAUGUUAUGUAUAAUGGAGAAAUGAAUGAGAAAAUUAAGAUGUUAUAUAGACUUCAUAUUCCGCCAGCACUCACUGAAAAUGAUCGAGACAGCCAAUCCCCAUUAAAGAAUCCUCUACUGUCGACGUCAAGACCACUGGUUUUUGGGAAGCCAAAUGGUGAUGCAGUUGAUUAUCAGAGACAGCUGAAGCAGAUGAUGAAGGAUUUAGCCAAAGAAAAAGAUAAAACUGAGAAAGAAUUGCCCAAAAUGAGCCAGAGAGAAUUUAUCCAAUUCUGUAAAACUUUGUACAGUAUGUUCCAUGAAGAUCCAGAAGAAAACGAUUUGUAUCAAGCCAUUGCCACGGUCACCACUCUGCUGCUGCAGAUCGGGGAAGUGGGGCAGCGAAGCAGCAGCUCUGGAAGCUGCUCCCAGGAAGGUGGGGAGGAGCUGCGGGCUUCAGCUCUUUCUCCGGAGCAGGAUUUGGUUUUUGCAGACACCAACACUGAGAAGAUUCCCCAGGACUCCCGGACAUUUCCUGAAGAGGUAGAAGGGGACUGGACUGUCUCCCUUGAACAUAUUUUAGCCUCACUCCUGACUGAACAGUCACUAGUAAACUUUUUUGAAAAGCCACUGGACAUCAAAUCUAAACUUGAAAAUGCCAAGAUCAAUCAGUACAGUCUCAAAACUUUGGAAAUGAGCCGCCAAUCACAGCCUGAUCUCAAGCUGAAUAACGUGUAGUAAGAGAACAGUUUACUGAGGAGUCAGCCAUACCAAAGCCUGGACCCGUUUUGUAGGGUCAGCCCUUCAAUCCUCACUUCAGUCCAGUUCAUUUUGAGCAUAUUUUACCAGUUGGGUAUUUGACAGCCACAACUGUGGCAGGGGAACUGAUGCAACCCUCAAGCAUUUCUAUUUAUUCUUUAAGAGAGUUAUCAGUUGGAUCCCAUCAGUUCUAUAGAGCAUCUGCACAUUAGUUCCCUCGAUGCUGUGACUUGCUAUUUCCCAUUCUGAUACCAGAUUGGCUGAAAUGGGCACUUCCGCUGUGAUGCUAGUAUGGUUUCGUCCUCACAUGCAACAGAAGAGGUGAAUGUAUCACACUAAACCAGAGACAAAAAAGCUCAAGCUCUCAUUUUUCACUUGAAUAAUGGGAGAGGUUACAAAUCAAGUUUACUUUCAAGAUCCAAGAGCUAUCUGUGCAAUUGUAUUUGGCUUUCUUUUGCACUAAUUUUGUUUCAAUGCUGGUAAUUGAAACCAUUUUAAUAUAUUUGAUUGUACUCACUUUGUCCUUCCCAAAAUGUGUACAGACCAUGCUUUCAAUGUUGGCCUUCAAGUUUUUUAAUAAGAAAUUUUUGUAUUGACUUGGUC